UUUAAUUGCUGUCAAACACGACCCAGUAUGUAAGGGUUAAGCUGAUGCUCAAGAAUCUUGAGCAAAUGUUCAAACUGCUUUCCAUGUUUGGUUUGACAGCAUGGCUCUCGCUCUCGACCGAUGAUGCUGGUCUUGGAGGGCGACAGCUCCAGAGGCUCUCCAAGCACCGGCGUCGUGAGCACGUGCCACGCCGUCGCAGCCGAACUUUGGUCCCGUCUCGCGGAGGAGCAUCGCGGUCCGUCUGUGGAUGCGCAGGCUGCUUUAAAUCGUCGACGGAGCGGCUCUGACUGUGGUCUGCGUGCUUUCGCUCGUGUGCUCCUGCGUCUCCAACUCGGUCCCCGCCCUCCGUGGUUCCUCCAGUCGUAUGUGCCUUGUUUGGGGUCGUCACGUCGGUAUACUCCUGCCGCUGUUUUUGGUCUUCGAGCCGAGCCGCUGCGCAGUCGGACCUCCUUCAUUCUCCUCGUUCUCGGCCGCCCGGACACCCGCAGCUCGUCCGAACGGGGGCAGUUUCCACCCUCGGCUCGUUUCACCAAAGGCCGUCUCGCUCUCGUCUGCGUGAGCAGAGUCCAGGCCGGCUGGAAACUCUACCUGGGCUGCCCGCUGGGUGUUUCGCUUACGCGGUAUGCUGACCGGCUCCUGCCGGCCCCAGGGACCAGCGGGACGGGGUGCUGUGGCUCAGUGACCGGGGCGAAGGAGGAGGACAUCCCUGUCUUCAAGCGGAGACGGAGGUCCAGCUCCAUAGCAGCCUCGGAGAUGAUGGCUCACAGUCAGAGCAACAGCAAGUCCCACCGCAGGACUUCGCUGCCUUGCAUUCCGCGGGACCAGUCAUCGGGCACCAGUGUGGUGGUGGACAUCGCGGUGAUGGGUGAGGCCCACGGAUUGAUAUCAGACUUGCUGGCAGACCCCUCGCUGCCCCCUAACACCUGUAGCUCUUUGAAGGCUGUCAGCAGCCUCCUCAGCACCCAGAUUAUCCUCCAACCUCUCCAUCGGCCCCACGCGCCGCCAGUCACACACGCUUGCUCCGACUCAGAGGACGGGCCCGAUAAAGUCGAAAGAUUGGCCAUUCCAAAGCGUCUAAGGCGGAGCCUUCCUCCAGGAUUGUUGCGGAGAAUCUCAUCAACGUGGACCACGACCACGUCGGCUACUGGGCUACCUGCCAUAGAACCUGGACCUGUACGAAGAGACCGCUCAGCUAGCAUCAAAUACACCACAGAAAGUGAAACAUGGAGAAACUCAGUUAUGACAACUAUCUCAAAAAGCCGCUCCAUGUCCGCCUCCUGUGCUGCAUCUGUCACAUUAAACCACAUCUACAGCAAAUCUCUGGGAAGAACAGGUUUCACCCACUCCAACAUAUCACCUCUGGGCUCUCCAUGUCCGUCACCUCCUGUUCAGGGUACUCCUGCCUCCAGCCCAACUAUCAAGACAUGCUCAGUUCAGCUUCCUGAGAUUGUCGGGCCGCUGACAGAGCAGACCCCUGGCUGUGUGGGAUCCAAGAGCCACCACCAAGCCUUAACACACAGCCAGAGCGCCCCGAGCUCCACCACCCCUCACUGGCGACCGCCAUCACUCUGUAGCAGCUGCGGCAGGCCGUUCAACAAUCGACUGAACCACGGGGUAGACUCUAUUGUCAAGGUAGACCGAAUACCCCGUCCAGACGAGCGUGCGGUCACCUCGUCGGACUAUGACAGCACCUACGACAGCACUUAUGAGACCAACCACAGUGACAGCAGCGACUUUGCACAGAACGAGGAAGAGGCUGAAGCAGGCAAGAAGCCGUCUGAGUCAAAAGAAGGCCGCCGGGGGUAUCUGUCGGAGAGCAUCGUUCUACACCCACUCUUGCCAUCACCUGAGAACAAGCUAAUCCUGGCCCCAGAGCCUCUGGUGAUGCCUGAGUUGGAACCUCUCAUGAGUCAACUCAACAAAUGGAAUUUUCCAAUUUUCAGUCUUGUGGAGAGGACUCAUGGAAAAACAGGUUGCAUUCUCAGCCAGGUGUCCUACUGGCUCUUCGAAGACGCGGGCCUGUUCGAGACCUUCAAGAUUCCUAUAACAGAGUUCAUGAACUACUUUCACGCUUUGGAGAACGGUUACAGAGACAUCCCCUAUCACAACAGGAUCCAUGCCACUGACGUGCUGCAUGCUGUUUGGUACCUCACCACUCAGCCUGUCCCCAGUCUGCCCACGCUCCUGACUGAGAACGGCAUACACAAAGACCCGGCAAACGGCAUAACCCCUGGCGCUACGGCCUUUCUGUCAUCCAAGACGAGCUCUUUGCUGGAGGAAGGCUAUGGCUCCUUGUCUGGCCUAAUUCCGGGCCUAGAGCUGAUGGCCUUGUAUGUAGCUGCCGCCAUGCACGAUUACGACCAUCCCGGAAGAACCAACGCCUUUCUAGUAGCAACCAGUGCGCCACAGGCUCUUCUAUACAAUGACCGUUCUGUCUUGGAAAACCACCACGCUGCUUCAGCGUGGAACCUCUUCAUGUCUCGUCCGGAGUACAACUUCCUGGUUAACCUUGAACAUGUUGAGUUCAAACGCUUCCGAUUCCUUGUCAUUGAAGCCAUCUUGGCCACAGACCUAAAAAAACACUUUGACUUCCUCGCAGAGUUUAAUGCCAAGGUGGGUGAUGAAGGAAUGUCUGGUAUUGACUGGACGAAUGAAAAUGACCGCUUGCUGGUGUGCCAGAUGUGCAUCAAGCUCGCUGAUGUCAAUGGACCACUGAAGUGUAAGGAGCUGCACUUGCAAUGGACUGAGGGGAUCGUCAAUGAGUUCUACGAACAAGGGGAUGAGGAAGCAAGCCUGGGCCUUCCCAUCAGCCCAUUUAUGGACCGGUCAGCACCACAGCUCGCUAAACUACAAGAGUCGUUCAUCACUCAUAUAGUGGGACCCCUCUGCUCCUCGUACGAUUCGGCCGCUUUGAUGCCGGGUGACUGGGUCGACCUGCUGGAAGAGGAAAAGGAGGGUCAAGAUAUGGAGGAGGAAGAGGAGGAAGCUCCAUCUCCUGGUUCUGACUUUUCCCAGAGGCAAAACACUAAGAAGGAAAGCAGGAGAAAAGUGUUCUGCCAAAUCACACAGCACCUUCUGGAGAACCACGAAAUGUGGAAGAGAGUCAUUGCUGCAGAAGUUCAGGAGGACAACCUGAAGGAGGAACUGAACUGUCUUAGCACCUCAACUGACCCAAUCACAGCCAUUCACGAGGAAGAGGAGGAACAAGCAAGCAAAGAAGAGGAAGAUUUGACUGAAUGCUUUGAUAAAAGUGAAGAGGUGCCCGCUAUAGAAGACGAUGACGGCCUGUCGUCAGGCGGGAAAGUGGAGGAAUCGGAGUGAUAGAAGGAACAAUGGCCUCCUUCCUCACCAGGAAUUUAUUUUACUGUUUGUUUGCUCUCCUAACUCUUAAUAUUGUAGCCAGCACAUCACUUUGACACAACACUGUAGAAGACGUUUUGGGUAAUUUGUGCCGAACAAAAACAGGGUUUAUGACAAGAGAUAGUGGCGGGAGCAAAUGAAUUGACCUCAGUGGAAAAAAAAGAAGAAAAAUCAUUUCUUUUAUGUUAUCCGUGGUAUCCAGUCCUUAUCUAGCCUGCCCUUUCUUCUGUAUAUGCACAACGACACCGUUUCACUAAAUUCCCCCAUCAGUGAGUUAUGAGCUGUGUCAGAAAAGUCCCAGGACUGGUUUCACAAAAGCAAUACUUGAAAUCUAAACUACAAACUACGAUUUUUUUCCCCCCUUCAAUAUCGGCCAGACAAUUACCCAGCAUGGCUACAAAGAGAUCCCGCAGCUUUUGCUUGUUGUGGCAGAAGAAUUUGGGGGUGCUUCAGCAUGACGCGUCUGCUCCCAAAAAGAAAAGAAAAAAUAAAAUUGCUGUGCUGGAGCACCCUCCGUAUCCAUCUGACACCAGGGGAAUUCUAGUCUUUGAACAUUUAUGACACACCUUGUACAUUGUCACAUGCCUUGCCAUUACUCUUGUUGCUCCUAGCCUCCCAUCCGAGUCUGAGAAGACUUCCUCUUGAAGACAAUGGGAUAAAAGCCAGGGAAAAAGCUGUUUCCACUGAAACUUGCUAAUGUGGGGAAAAAACAUCACAUUUGCGUACAGACUGAUUUUAUAUAUGCAUACAGUGCUACAGGACAAACAGGUUUUAUACAGUGGACAAAAUAGGAUGUUCAACAAAGAGCCCUCUAAAAGCUUUACCUCCUAUCAAUGAAAAAUAAUAUACAAAAAAAUGGUUUACUUUGUGUCAAACAAUAAUGUGUUGAGAUAUUUCCUCCCACAGCACGCUAACACAUCGAAAGGUCACGCAACUCAGGAAGGCAGAGACAUAAAACAAAGACGACCUUAUUACUUUCCAAUGCUUCCUGUCCGCUAUAACUGUACACAAAAAAAAAAAAAACAAGAUAAUUGAUCAAAUACUUAAAUGAUUUGUAAAACUCUAGUUCUUCCUUCUGGUUCCUGUGUGACAAUUAGAUGACUACUUUUUGUGUCACAGCCAGGCUUUUCUGCUUAAACUUUGGCAUGAUAAUUAAAACAUUUAUGUUGUGUGCAAUAAUACUGUAUUGAACAGUAUAGAAACAUGGGUAGAAUUGUUGGUACCCUUCCAAUGAAGAAAGAAAAACCCCAUGGUUACUGAAAUAACCUAAAACGGAAAAUGCAUGUUGACAAGCAACAAAGAGGUUAACGUCCUUUGGACAGAUGAGAAAAAACUGAUGAAUUUUUUGGCAGGUCACAUCAGCUCCAUGCUUACAGAAUCCCCCCCACCCCCUCCAAAAACAAACAAACAAAAAAAACACUGUACCUACUGUGAAACCGGGAGGAAGUGUGGUUUCGUACUCGGGCUGCUUUGCUGCAUCUGGCACAGGGUGUCUUGAAUCUGAGCAGGGUACAAUAAAUCUUAAGGCUAUCGAGGUAUACUGAAGCCAAAUGACGCUGCUCAGUGUCGGAAAGCUUGGACUCAGUCGGAGGUCACGGUUCCUCUAAUAGGAUAAUGACCCCAAAUAUGUGGCUAAAAGGACUCUAAAACAGCUUAGAACAAAACAUAGGACUAGUCUGAAGAGCCUGAUGUAAUUUUUUUUUUUUUUGAUGUCAUAAAAUAGUUCUCAAAGAAAAUAAUGGAAAUGCAAUAGAUCUUCUUCAGGGUCAAUAAAGCCUCAAUUAGAGUCGUCAUGUUGAAGUUGUGCCUCACACAACUGUCAUACGGUUGCCACGCUGGCAUCGCGCUGCUUUCAUUGUGAGUACACUUAACACAACUUCUAGAGUUUAUUUUUUUCUUCUCACAUCAUUCUUCUCUUAACACCCCUUGUUGAAGCUUGUCCUUCUUUUGGAAUAAGUCACCAACGUUUUGUAAUGUGCGACUUUAGAAGCAUUUCUCUCCCAAUCAGUUGUCAAAUUCCAAAUUGUAGGACUUCAACAGUGGCGCUUUUCUCCAGGGGGGAAGCUAUAUAAUACAUGCCUAACAUUUUGAUAUACAAUAUUUAGGCUAUGAUUUAGUCAGCACCACCGCACCAAAUCAUUCGUAAACUAGCAGUCAAAUUUCCCUUCAAAGGGAAACGCGGAAGUGUGUCCAGAGCAUAGACAUAUGUGGAAAUCCACAGAGAGAGUCGAUUUCUAUACGUAGACAUCUAUGGAGACAGAGCUGCGGACAGUCAGAAGUUACGUCCGGGAUUUCGGUCGCUGGAAUUUUCCGCCCAGCCCCACCACAGCCCCAUUUGUUGCACUGAAGUGGAGCUACUGUGCAUGUCAAACUUUGAAUGAGAGUCAAUGAGGAAAGACAUUUGUGCCCCAGGAGAGAUGUGACGUCAAUAAAACAGACAACAGAGAUGAAUUGAAACAACUUUACUCACCGUUACCUAUUUAUCCUGCUCAUUUAAAAACAAAUAUAUUUUAAAAUAGUUUUAUUUUAUUAUCAAUAUUUGUAUUUAUACAUUUUUUAAUUGUUUGUUUAUAUGUAUUUUUGUGUUCAACGAUAGUAAUAUGGUGACGUGCUUGGGUGGGUGGCGCUUUAGCGCCUUCUGUUGACCAUCCACCGCUCGACUUCAGGGUUGUUCAACUAUUGACGUUGUACUGUAUAAAAGGUUUUUUUUGGGUUGAUUUUUUUUUCUGCUGUCCUAUGUUUUACUGUAUAACUACAAAGUAGUGAAAAGCUCAUUAGAACAACAAAGCAAGUGAUGGCCUUCUGCCUGGUAAUGCAUGUCAGGGUUCUUUGUUUGAAAAUACAAAUGUACAGUAUAUUUUAAUGGAUCUGAAGGUUCGUGCAUCCAUUAUCUACACUGUUUAUCUUGUUCGGAGUCCUGAGGGGUUGAAGAAUAUCCCAGGGGAUUCAGUGAGGCAGGGUGCACCUUGAACUGAUUACCUGUCAAUCACAGGACUAGCGCAUAGAGACCAUUCAGACUCACGCCCACUGCCAAACCUCGACGUUCAUCUUUUUGAAUGGCGGUCGGUGGGGGAAAUUAGCUGCUAGCUCAAGAUGUGAGAUGAAUGUUUUCACUUCAGCUUGUGACUGCUUCGGUGAAACUGGCUGAAGCAGUUAAAUACCGUUGAUGUAUGGUUUUUCGGAUGCUCUGCAGCAGACUGCCUAUCCAUUAUUUAUACAUAUCUCCUUUGCUAAGACAUUCUCCUAAAAGCACUGCCACGCCAAGGUAAUGUCUCCAAAGUGGUUUUCAAUUUGUUAAAAAUGUUCCUCAGUGCAGACUAUUCCGCAAUAUAGUCAAGUCCUACAUCAUCAUAAUCCCUAAUAUGUGCUAAAUGUGUCUUUUAUGAGGCUUAUUAAUAAUCAUAAGGAAGUCGAUUUAGUUGCAAUUGUGUGAUAAUUAACAAUGUUAAAAAAGAUGUGUGAGGCAAUCUGCGGCAUAACUAAUAAUUACCUAAUACGUGUUUUUAGUGUGGUGUUUGACCCUAGAACACAUAUUUUGCAUUUCCAUUAUUUUGUAUCAUUUUAUGAUGUUGAAACAAAGAUAGCGGUUUGAAGGAUGAUGUGAAAACAAACUGAUUUUUCCCUCGAAACCUUGAAGAAAUGAAUGGGUAGCAUUAAUCCGCUUUAAGCGAUCUUGGAAACAAAGCAGGAAUGAUUUAAAACCACAGUUCAAACAGCUUAAUUGCAACCUCUUAAAGGUCAACAAGUACAAGGCUUCAGCUCCUGUAUUAACUCUAUUAAGCUUACAAAAGGCCCAGACAAAAUGCACCACCGAGGUGCUCUCUGUCUUCCCAUGCAUUUCUAUUCUUUUUAUCACCAAGACAUGUUUGGAAUGAUUUGAUGACAAACGAUAGCAACUAUCAGACAAGCCCGGGAUGCAAGAUUAUAUUAUGUAACCAUGUAAGCGCAGCACACUGCCACCAUUAAGGUAAUCGUGACUUCUCCUUUACAUACAAACAAGCCCAGUGUUUGUUUUUGCUAAAUGUUCUAUCCAGGUAAGAGACAUGUUUUAAGAUGAAAUAUUAAUCAAAUAUUACCUUUAAAUGUCACACACUUGAACAAAAUUUCAUGUCAGCUAAUAAGAUUGUAUGAAUAGAAGAAAAAAAAAUCGAAUCCAUUGAAGUGGCAUGUUUGUCGAAACUGAACUGCCCUACUGUGACCCAAUUACUUAACUCAAUUAGCGUUUGUCCAAUGUUAAUGCUGUCUAAUUCACGAGCUGGAUCCAUUGCACAGUUAUCAACACAAGCAUUGUGCGAAAGAGGGCUAAGCUGUGCGACACAUUGCCCUUAUAAGGACUGCUUAUUCUCAAGGCUUGACAAUGAUUUGAUUUGAUUUCUUUUUUUUAAAGAAACAUUUCCGUCCAAAGUAAGUGCUUAUCAUCCUUGUUUAUGCUUUGAAGGAUUAUCGGGUGUCAUUGUAACACAAGCAUAUGCAGGAAAAGCAGCCUAUACCAGACAUCUUCCACUAACAAAGGAGUUAUAGUUUGGUAUCAAAAUAUGAACACAACUUGUUUAUUUUUUUGCUCUAUUUAAAAAAAUCACUGACUAAACAGACUGCUGUGCAAGUGUGCUGCCUCGCGCAUUGAUUGAAUACAUGAAUACGACUUUCAAGCUCUGUGCACUGUAUAUAUCCUUAUCACUGUGCAGUAUAUUAAUGCCUCACUUUGCAAUCUAAUGUGCAUAUUAUCUUUACGGCACUGUUUCAUCAAGUGCUGCACUUGUGUUUUCCCCAAAGCCGCUGUUUCUUGUGGGGUCAAGUUGGUGUGAUCUGCCUCACAAACUGUGCACACUACACAGCGCGACAAUGAAAGUGACUUUUAAAAAAAGCUGUGACAGACAUUGCUGUUGUUGACGAAAUGGUUCCAAAUGUCCAUGCAUGUUUCUCACAAUGUCGCUGUGAUGCUUUGGAGGGAGAAUGAGCCAGCUCGUCAACUUCACCUCAUUCAGGUUUUAUACUAAAGGCGCUUCAUAGUGUGAAUGCUCACGUCUACAGUCUUACAAGUACAUUCUGUUUUUCACCAUUUUAUACAUUGCCAUAAGAGUAAAACACAUGCGACCAUACUUCAGUUUCACCAUUGGUUCGAAAUGACUUUUUGUUUGCUUCCUCAAUAAUUCGACAGUUGAUAUGAUAUAUUUGGGGAGGGGGGUCUUCGUAUUUUCUCAAACAUUUGCUUACUAUGCCAAAAUGUGUGUCGAAGGAGUGGAAAUGAAUUGCUACCUGAGGGAGGAGACAGUGGCUGCCCGUUUUAGGGUUAGUUACAUACAAAAGUGAAUAAGGAACAAAGGACGAGGGAAUAUCAGUGCCACAAUAAAUUGAAACAAAAAGAUAAAAUAAAAGAAUGCAUUUGUAAUGACACAAGAAUUAAAGUUACAGUAUUACAAGGGAGGGAAAAAAAAUAAUCCCAUGAGCAACAAAUUCCAAUAUUAUGAUAAAAAGUUGUAAUGUUACAAGAGUAGAGGCGUAACGUAGCAAGAAUAAAGUUGUAAUAUUGUGGGGGGGGGGGGGGGGGAAGUGAUGUUAUGAGAGUAGUGAUACAAUGUUAUGACAAGAAACUUUGCGUCACAAGAAAGAUGUUGUAGCCAGUAUUACGUGAAUAAAGUCAUAAUGUUUUCAGCAUAAAGUUGUAAUGAUGCCAGACUGGAAUCGGACUGCCAUGAGGAAAAAAAGUCGUCAUGCUCGGUGAAUAAAGUUGUAAUAUUAUGAGAAAAAGGUGUAAUAAUGCAAUAGUUAAAUUGCAAUAUUACAAGGAAAAGUCAUGGUAUAACAAUAAUAAAAUUGGAAUAUUACAGGAGAAAAGGUAAUAUUACAAGAAUUAAGUUGUAACACAAGAAUAAAGUUACAACUAAAAUAAAGUUGUGAUUUUACAUAAGUACAUGUAAAAAUCCUAUAUUAAUGUUUAUCACAACUGUCACAGACCAGCAGGCCAUUUGUAAAUAUUUUAAUAUUUCAUAUUUGUUUAAAAAAAGAGACAAUUUCAGUGCGUGCAGGUCUCACAUUAAUCUAACAAGCUUCUCAACAGUCAACCAUUUUAAGCCAGCUCCUGUAUAUGUUUGUAAUCGUAAUAUUAGGACUUUACUCACGUAAAAUGACACAUUUUUCUCAUAAUAUCACAAGGUUAUUCUUAUAUUUUAACUUUACAAGAAAUUGAUCGUGUAACAUUGUAAGCAUUUUUUUUUUCUUUUUGUAAUUAUAAUACUCUUCUUGCUUCUCUUAAUUUGGUCCUAAUACUGCUUAAUAAAUUUCAGUUUUUACAAAUGAA